AGCAAACCCUUCCGUUCCCGAAGAAAAAGUGGAUAGGGAACAAAAUGGCGUCUUCCUCCAAAACCCAAGUCGAAAUCUUCCAGCCCGCGAAGCGCCUCAAAUCCCUCCCCGCCUCCCCCGAAACCCUGACCCCCAAAUCCUCCAUCUCCGCCCUCUGCAAGCCCUCUCCCACCGACGCCACGGGCGCCUCCGGCGACCUCGUCCCAUCGGAAUCCCCCUCCACCCUCACCCCGGAUCAGAAGAAGAGGAUCGAAAUCAACAAAGCCCUAGCGAGGUCGAAGCGGAAUCUGCGGCUCUGUACCGAAAAAAUCGAGCGAACCAAAGCUGAGGGGCUGGACUAUGUGAAGCUGGAGGAGCUUUUGGUGGAGGAGACGUGGUUGGAGGCGCUCCCGGGGGAGCUUCAAAAGCCCUACGCCAAGAAUCUGUGCAGGUUUGUGGAGCGGGAGGUUCGUGGGAGCGUGCCGAUAUAUCCUCCACCGUAUCUUAUAUUCAAUGCCCUCCAUUCGACUCCCUUUGAUAGAGUGAAGGCGGUGAUCAUUGGACAGGAUCCGUACCAUGGACCUGGUCAAGCCAUGGGUCUUGCUUUCUCCGUGCCGGAGGGUAUUAAGAUGCCUUCUAGCCUAGUCAAUAUAUUCAGGGAGCUUCAAAAGGAUGUUGGAUGCUCUGUGCCAUCACAUGGAAAUUUGGAAAGAUGGGCUGUACAGGGUGUUCUUCUGCUUAACACUGUCCUCACUGUGAGGAACCAUCAAGCUAAUUCACAUGCUAAGAAAGGGUGGGAGCCAUUUACUGAUGCUGUGAUUCGAACAAUUUCACAGAAGAAAUCUGGAGUUGUUUUUCUUCUUUGGGGAAAUUCUGCUCAAGAAAAGUCAAGAUUGAUUGAUGAGUCAAAACAUCACAUUCUAAGAGCUGCUCAUCCAUCAGGCCUAUCAGCUAACAGAGGUUUCUUUGGAUGCAGGCAUUUUUCUCAGACAAAUCAGAUAUUGAAGAGAUUGGGCCUUUCUCCCAUAGAUUGGCAACUCUAAGUUAGAGAAACCUUCAUAAACUCCAAGGGUGAGGCCAUCUUGUUUGGCCAAUUUUGUACUAACUUGACGGCUACUUAUUUAUAUCUAGCGAGUUGGGUGAAGUUUCGAACGUAGGCCGGCGUUUGUGGAGAGCAAGGCUUUGAGCCACGGCACAAUCUUAUGUCAAUCAUAUUGUGGUGUGUGAUGGAUGUAUUUUGAACCUUAUAUGCUGAAAUAUCAUGUUGAAUCAUAUAGCCAACUGCCAAUUUAUUGAGGAGCUGCAAA